UUUUUCGCUCUUCAAAAUGGCACCCUCUCAAUCAGGAAGUAAAGAAAAUAAGUAGCGGCGGAUAAGUUGGAUAAAAUUCCACAUUUCCGUCGAUUUGACGCCGGUCGCGACUCAACAUCUGCCCGCGUGCUCGGGGUUCGAACUGGAAGGAAGAAAAGGCGGCGAAAGGAUCAUGGAGAGUAUUUUUCCGUGCUAGAGGUACAAUCUGGGACCCAGCCAGCAGCAUCGGCGUUGGCAGAUUGGGCCGUAGCAAAAGUCAUCUCGUCGUGAUCAUGUGUGCAACUCCAGUCUGAUGCCCACCCUCCCCUCAGCGCUGGCCAUGGACGGGGAGAACUACCUGCAUCCAGAAGGCCCUCAGGUGGACACUAGCUUGUUCUCUGUAGCCUCCUCAAACAUGGAGAGUUCCCUCUUUGCCUCUUCUGGCUCCUGGAGGUCCUUUUCUCAGCAGGCUGGAUAUAGCGUGCACUGCCCUAUGCAAUCUGGAAACCAGCAAUACCACUUGAACAGCAGCAGCGCUACCACCGCCACAACACCGGAUGUGCACCUUGACAUGUACUCUGCGUUCUCAGAUAUGGAUUUCUCCUGCCUCAACCCCCCCAGGAAUGGCGAUUUCUCCCAGGAUCUGUCCUGCAUCGAUGACCUCUCCACCAAUUCCCUGUUCUCUUCUCCGGCCGACUCACUGUCAGAGUAUGCCGACGCCCAGUCCUUCAUCAGCACUGACCACCUGGACACGGUGCCCACGCUCUGGGAUGUCAGCACAAGUACCACCGCCGCCACCACACCAACACAGAGCCAGCUGGAGCUUAAAGGCACCAGCACGUUUCAGGGCUUGGCCAGUUUGGAUGAUAUAACAGCUAUAAUCUGCACGCCACCUUUAGGAGGAUUUCAGACUCAGAGAACUCAGUUACCCCCGGAGGAGGAGGAGGAAGCAGAGGAAGAGGAUUCAGAGGAACUAGGCCAUGUCGACACGUAUGCCGAGUACAGACCUUCCAAAUCAACUAUCGGAAUUUCCCAUCCCGACAUAGUGGUGGAGACCAACACGCUGUCUAGUGUCCCUCCUCCGGACAUCACAUACACUCUGUCUAUACCCGAGUCUACCAUUAACAGCGGCCUGCUGUCCGCCCUGCAGCUAGAAGCCAUUAUCUAUGCCUGUCAGCAACACGAAGUCAUCCUACAGAACAACCAGCGAGCAGGCUUCCUGAUUGGCGAUGGGGCCGGCGUGGGUAAAGGGCGUACUGUUGCGGGAAUCAUCCUGGAAAACUACCUUAAGGGAAGGAAAAAAUCACUAUGGUUCAGCAUAUCCAAUGACCUGAAAUUUGAUGCAGAGCGAGAUCUCAAAGACAUAGAUGCACCGACUAUUCCUGUGCAUGCCUUAAACAAAAUUAAGUAUGGAGACACAGCUACCUCAGAAGGAGUCCUCUUUGCGACCUACUCUGCGCUGAUUGGCGAGAGCCAGGCGGGAGGGCAGCACCGCACGCGGAUUAAACAGAUCCUGGACUGGUGCAAGCCGGAUUUUGACGGAGUUAUUAUUUUUGAUGAAUGCCACAAAGCCAAGAAUGCCACGUCAACAAAGAUGGGCAAGGCAGUGCUUGAUCUGCAAAACAAGCUGCCGCGGGCCAGAGUGGUGUAUGCCAGUGCCACAGGUGCCUCAGAGCCAAAGAACAUGAUCUACAUGAGCCGCCUGGGUAUCUGGGGUGAGGGCACGCCCUUCAGGGCCUUUGAUGACUUCCUGCACGCCAUUGAGAAGAGAGGUGUGGGCGCCAUGGAAAUUGUUGCUAUGGAUAUGAAAGUGAGCGGGAUGUACAUAGCCAGGCAGCUGAGCUUCUCAGGGGUGUCUUUCCGCAUUGAAGAGAUCGGACUGGACAGCGACUUCAAGCUGGUCUACAAUAAAGCCGCCAAACUGUGGGCGGAGGCACUGCAGGCCUUCAUGCGCGCCGCCGACGACCUGGGCCUGGUCAGCAGGAAGUCCCUGUGGGGCCAGUUCUGGUCAUCUCACCAGCGCUUUUUCAAAUACCUCUGUAUUGCUGCCAAGGUCCGCUGCCUGGUGGAGUUGGCCAAGAAAGAGCUGGAGGCAGGAAAGUGCAUCGUCAUUGGCCUGCAGUCUACUGGGGAGUCGCGCACCAGAGAAGUUCUAGACGAGAAUGACGGUCAUCUUGACAGAUUCGUCUCUGCCGCAGAGGGAGUAUUCCAGUCCCUCGUUACCAAACAUUUUCCCUCUGAGAAGCAGCGGCGAGAGAAGGCACCCGGGAAUAAGAGAAAGCGUAAGCCUCGAGGGCGCCAUCCCAAGGUACCCAAGCACACGGUGGACAGCGGCGGUGUCAUCAGCAUCAACAGCGACGACAGCAGCACUGACUCUGACGGCAUGGACACCGAUUCUAACUCCUCACCAGACUCGCUGUUGGACAACGAUGAUGUCAUCUUUGUCAACCACACGAGCUGCCACACUGUCAGGAUAGAGGAGAUGAAGCAGGGUCUUCUCAACAAGAUAUCACAGCUGGGAAAAGAACUACCUCUCAACACCCUGGACGAGCUUAUCGAUAAGUUCGGCGGGCCUGAUAAAGUCUCUGAGAUGACCGGGCGUAAGGGUCGUGUGGUGCGGCGUCUUGACGGUAGCGUCCGUUACGAGUCACGCGCUGAGCAGGGGCUCACGAUCGACCACAUCAACAUCAAGGAGAAAGACCGCUUCAUGAGUGGAGAGAAGCUGGUGGCCAUCAUCUCCGAAGCAGCCAGCUCUGGAAUUUCCCUCCAGGCGGACAAACGCGUGAAAAACCAGCGGCGUCGCGUCCACAUGACAUUGGAGCUACCUUGGAGCGCAGACCGGGCCAUUCAGCAGUUUGGCCGUACCCAUCGAUCAAAUCAAGUGACGGCCCCAGAGUACAUAUUCCUCAUUUCGGAGCUAGCCGGUGAGAGACGUUUCGCCUCGAUCGUGGCAAAGAGAUUGGAGAGCCUGGGCGCAUUAACACACGGAGACAGAAGAGCGACUGAAUCAAGAGACCUGAGCAAGUACAACUUUGAGAACAAGUAUGGUACCAAGGCUCUGGAUAAAAUCACCAAAGCAAUACUGGGGUACAUAGAGAACAAGGUGCCUGUGCCCAAAGGUUACCCUGGAGGUGACGCCAUGUUCUUCAGAGAUAUGAAACAUGGAAUGAUGGAUGUGGGCAUCUUCUGUCGGGAGUCACGCUUCGGCAUCAGUACAGAGAAAGACUGCAGCAUUACCAAGUUCCUAAACCGCAUCCUGGGUCUGGAGGUCCACAAGCAGAACCAUCUCUUCCAGUACUUCACAGACAAUUUUGACUACCUAAUCGAGAAGGACAAGAAGGAGGGCAAAUAUGACAUGGGCAUCUUAGAUCUGGCUCCAGGUAACGAUGAGAUUUACGAGGAGAAGCAGGAAAUUUUCAUGACAGUUGGAAACCCUCAGGACGGCCAGGUGGUUCUUUACAAGAUCAGUGUAGACAGAGGUAUGCCUUGGGAUGAAGCCAACAACAGGUUUCUCAAUCUCACUGGUGCUGACGAGGGCUUUUACUUGUCCCAGAAGCUACGAGGUAACCAGCCGUGCGUGCUGCUCGCUGAGCAAGGGAGAGGCAGGAAUUUUAUCGUCUACAAGCCCAACAUCGGCAAGCAGACUCACCCCGAGAGCCUUGACAACCUGCAGCAACGCUAUCGGAAGGUGACUCCAGAGGAGGCCAAAGACUGCUGGGAGAGCCAGUUCAGCUUCUCCUUGAAGAAGUGUAGCCAUGCUAACUGGAACGGCAAGUGCAAGAAGGUCGAGGAGGGCCAAGAGUGCUUCCAGGGCAUGCGUCUCCGCCAGUACCACAUGCUGUGCGGCGCUCUACUGCGCGUGUGGAAGCGUGUGUCCGAUGUGGUGUCCGACAUCACCAGUUCCAGCAUCUUGCAGAUUGUUCGCCUCAAAACCAAGCAACACAACAAGCAAGUUGGCAUCAAGAUCCCCGAGAACUGCGUGGCCCGGGUACGCGAGGAGCUCCUGCUAAUGGACGAGGAAGUGAAGCGGAGGCGCAAGGAGCGCGAGAAGCAGGCUAUGGAGCAGCGUCUGGCUGAGGAGCGCAUGCGCAAGAUGGAGCAGGACAAUAAGCACCUACUGGCCAAUUUGUUCAGCCAGAAAACGAUGCCCAACCAGUCCCUGGCCCAGUCGCUGGUCCACAGCCAGCUCUUCAAGCAGAAACUGAACCCGCUGCAAAAGACACAUAUGGCGGGCUUUUCUCAGCUACAGAGGGUGCAGGCUGUCUUGCAGCAUCAGCAGCAGCACCCCCAGGGUCAAGCUCUGCUGUCUUUACCGAGGACAAAUCCCCAAGUGACUCCGAGCGGCUGGCCCGGCAAGUCGGCCGCCUCCAAGCAGGCCGUUGUGCGAAACACGGUCGUUCACGGGUCCAACUUCUCCCAGUUUUACCCCCAGUCCUUCUUACCCCCCUUCACGCAACCGCUCCCAGUGCACCAGAUGGCAUGCUUGUCUUCCCAGAAGGCCCAGGAGGAGAUCCUGGACCUGACUGCCAGCUCACCGUCGCCCUCUCCGGACAUCAGCGAGGGGGGACUGGCUCUGGACAGUCUGACGGGACCCGCCAGAGCGUUCGCCGACGACUUCAACUUAGAGUCGUUCAUUUCGCAGACGGUCGCUCCGCUACCGCAGCCGCCCCCUCCUCCGCCUCCGCCUCUGUCUUUGAACCACAACCACCUGACCAACAACCACCAGGACUUGCUGGAUCUCUUCGACCUGCCCCUCUCACCACAGAUGCCCACCCAGAAAGUCUGCCCUUCCUCUUCCGCCGCCUCCACCACCUCGUCCACCUCAUCGCUCGUCCAAAGCUCGCUCUUCUCCAACCCCCCUUCCUCCUCUUCCUCUCAGUUUGCACCCUCUCGCUUCCCCAACUAUCUCCUGCCCCAGUCGGACUCGCUCCCCCUGCCCAACGGCCACUGCAGCUCGGGCGCUCUAGACGUGCGCGAGGCUCUGAACAGCAUGCUACAGGCGGCAGGGUCCGACCGCAAGUCCGUCAUUCACUACCGCCAGCAAGACUGACGCUUUAAUGUCCUGUCUCGUUUUUUUGUGUGUGUAAGCAGAUUUUAGCACGCGCCUCCACUGCUGUGCGGGACCUUCUAGUCAAUGUCACUGCCUGUCCUGCUCACACUCUUCUCUCUAACCAUCCAUAGUCCUCGCCUGCUCCCUGUAUUGGAUUCCCGCACCCCAAAGUGCGUCCUCCAUGGCAGCUCUAAUGCAAACUUGACUUUUCGAAACUCUUCUGGAGCUGUCAAAACGAAACAAAAAAAGUCCUUUAACUGAUUUGACGCUGGAAACCUUUUUUGUUUGUUUGUUAUUGCUUUACUCGAGCGAGGCACUAGGUGGCAACGAACUGGAAUAUACAAGAAGAAGAAAUCAAAGCUGACAAAACCGUGAAAUGCCUCCUUUUUGUCCGUUUAGUCCUCCCCACACACACACACACAACACAGUCUCCUUUUAUUUGUUUGUGUGUUCAAGGAAGAAAAGGAGAAGGAAAGCAGCAGUCUGCUAACAGUGCCUUUCAGAGAAAUCUAAAAAUGCAGUCUUUAAAAUUAAAAACAAAAAAAUCUAUGUAGCCUAAUGUAUAGAUUUGUAUUUUAAUUUAAAUAUGGUAUAUUUGUAUUUAAAUCUUUUCGUCCCUUUGUGUUACACUAUGCUGGUGGCGGGUUCCAAGGACAGGCCUCUGUGAAGCCUCAACUGUGAGUGCGUUUAUGUGUCUGUACGUGGCGUGCAACACCAACAACAAGCGUUCUGAGCAGAAGCUAUCCAAAAAUAUCACCACCCCUUUUUUUAAAAUUCAUUUUUAAACUGACGAUAACACAAGAGAUUUGACUCCUGGUGUGAUUUGAAAUUUCUCAGGAAAGUCUCAAGUGCUUUUGGUCUUGUUGUUUAAUUGUGUGCGUGCGUGCUUUGUGUGUGUGUGUGUGUGUGUGUGCAUGUGCAAGUGUGUUUGUCGGUUGCUUUGGGUCAUAAAAUAUAUAGAGAAGUCAUUUAUGUUGUGUCAAAAGAAAGGCCCUCCUCGUCACACUUAAGACUUGUAGACUUUCAAUUUAUAUUUUCUUGUCAACCAAGUGAAAAAGCUCUGUAAUAGCUCCCCCCUCUUAGUCAAAAAGCCCAUUGUCACUCUCUACUAAAAAAAAACUCAACAACAACAAAGGAUUAAAGAAUCUCCACAUUUAUUUUGAUCCCAAACAUUUUUUCAGAUAGAAAUAAAAAACUCCCUUGACAGCAAAAAGUGACGCAUCACAGCCGAAAGUCCCAACAUUUAUCCACUUUUGCCUUUUACACAGAACCUCGCCAAAGUGGGAUACAUCCACAAACGCAUGCAAUUUGACACAGCAACACGGCGCUGUGGAAUGAGCACUUCAAACACCUGUAAAAUCCUCCAUGACAAAUAAAUUCAUGAAAAACACAAUUGAUGAUUAAAAUACAUGCCCUAUUUUAUUGCCCACACUGCUCUUCUUAAAUUGAGUUUGACUUCUCAAGUAAUGUCAUUUGAAACGCCACGGAAAUUUUGACACGUCAACUUGGAGUACCCCUCGGAAUUUGGGUCUGUACCAGUUUAUUGUUUUAUAUUUUUAACUGAAACUUGUCAGACGAUUGGAGAAGGGGUUCCAUGAGUACCGGUUGAAAUCAGAGUCUAGAUGUGUUGAGAAACAAUGACGUUGUAGUGUUUUACUCUUAAUUUGAAGCCAUUUUUUUUUAUUCUAUAGGCCAUAUCUCACAAAAACUUCAAAUGCCAGGAACGCCAUUUUUCCCCUCACAAAAACAAAAUUUCUCCGUAACUUAAUCUGAUUUUCAAAGUUUUUGGUGCAUUGUGUUCAGGUCGAAGUGAGCAUUACAACCAGACUCAGUUUUUGACAGUGUGUCAUUUUUGGCAAGUCUUGUCACGUCCCUACUUACAUCUCUGUCCCAGAGUCGCAAAAUACCCUUACACACAGCCAGCUUCCCUUCUCCGUCAUGGCUCUGAUACUAUUUCAGAAGUCGGAACAUUUAUGGGUUGACUUUGUUCCCCACCCUUGCCGCCUGUAUACCGUUUAUACAAAACAGCAACACGGAAAAAAGUCGAAAAAUGAAAGCUACAUUUUGGGGGGUGUAGUUUCAGAACACAGAAUUGCCACAUCUUAUAAAAGGCAGACUUGUCGGGACAAUUGCUUUCAACGCAAAUAGGUGGGAGAAGUGACUAAGCUACUAUUUCCUGGCAUGGCGAAAUAGUCUUGCGUAUAGGCGGCAGCCGACCUCUUGUUACAGCUCUGAGACUACCUCCGAAGGCAGAAAAUAGCCUGGUUGACUUUUUUGCUUCCAUGCUGCCUAAAUACCAUUUAUUUAUUCAGAAAAAAAGGCCAAGACAGAAGACCUUAAAUUACAGAUUGAAAUUUGUUUGUGUAUGUGUGUAGUUUCCGUAACAGCACCCUCGGAGAUUGCAUAGAAUUGCCGUAACAGAAGACCCGGAAUUUGUGGAAUACCCUUACACAACCCUGUACAUACUUGUCUGGAGAGUGACAGUUGCUUUCGAUGUAACAUGGCAGAAGACGCGUGUUAAACUUAACACCCCUGUCCUUACACCUUACAUGUUGCGCCUCGAAAGGCGAACCAAAAAACGCCGGGUCCACUUUGCCCUCCCCCCCUCCAUUUUGUCCAUGUCAGUGUUGUUUAUACACAAAAGCAGAUCUAACAGGCAUUGUGAUAUGGGGCUACAACAUGUGACUAUUACUAUUUUGUGAAGCUGAGUAAAGUCAAAGUUCUUUGUUAGUGCACACACGAUUCAAAUCCAGACUAAAGCCAUGAGUUUGUGGUCCAAAUGUACGGAAAAUGUCUCCAAACCUCCCCUUUUCCUUGUAAUCGGUGCGUUUGAAUUGUGUCCCGUGUGGCUUUGCCAUUAAUGUCCGCUUGUGCACUGCGCUCAGUCGAAGCAAUAAAAACAGGAAAGAAAAGUCAGUCGUACACACGUGUACAAAGUACUGUUUACUCUCACUGGGCGCGGGAAUCUCCUCGCUGGUUGUUUCGAUGCAUACCACCUUUAUAUCGUCGUAGUUAUAAGAAUAUUAUUUAUAUUUAAGGGAUAUCUGUGUUCUUCUGCUUGUUCUUUAAGAAGAGUCAAAAACGUUUGGUCAGGGAAGACAAAUUCUAUUCAAAUCUGCUACCAAAUAUGUUUGCACUGUCUUGUCUGGAUUGAUUUAUGCUCAUUGUCCUUCAUGGAGUUGUUGGGUUUUUUUUUGUUCUUCUUCAGAGAGAUACCAAAGUGUUUUGUUGCCCUAAAAUUACCAUUCAACAAUCUCAGGAAGAAACAACUAAAAAGGUUGGUGGACGGGCGAGGGUUACAUAAGAAAUAUUUCCCCGUUAACAGUGCUGAAACCAACGUGUUUGUACUUGUAUGUACCAUUUGCUGUUCUUGGUGUGUUUAUGUUUCAGGGCUGGGGAACUUUUCUGCUAUUUUAUUUCACUUACUUAAAAUAUGUAUUAAAUAUAUGAAAAAGAUUCAUGAAAAUGGCAACGACAGGAUUUGGGCAAGGGAAAAAAUGCUCUGGUGGGACAUAGAUUCUCCUACCCCUGUGUUAGACUGUUUUGUGAUUGGACAUCAUGUUAUUGCCUUGUUAAGGCAGCAUGUCAUCAUUUCUACUGGUUUGUGAACACGUUUUUUUUUUUUUUUUUUUUCUCCGAAUUCUACCAUUUAAACACAUUCUGGUUCAGAAUCACGAAAUGUAUUUAUGGCUUACAAUUGUUAUUGUUUUGUUUCGUUUUUAACCCUCCUGUUAUGUAAAUUGGACCUGAAAUGCUGAUUCACACUUUCUUGUUGAGAGUAGUGAUUAGCACCUCCACCUCACAGUCGAGAGGUUCUGGGUUCGAAUCUCUGGAGGUGGCAUGCUCUCCCUAUGCUCGUAUUGGUUUUCUUCGAGCACCCUGGCUUCCUCCCACAUUCCAAAAACAUGCAUGUUAUGUGAAAUGAAGACUAGAAAUGGUCCUUAGAAUGGUUGUCUAUAUGGGGCUCUUGAUUGGCUGACAACCAGUCCAGGGUCCACUUUCCAGAUAGGUUUAAGCUAACCUGCAAACUGUAACGAAGACAUGUUAUAGAAAAUGGAUGGAAUGAAAUGUGUGUGUAUGACAUGAGAUCUAGUGGGAUUGAGUUAGAUUUCUGAUUUAGCUCUUUGACUCAAUAUAUUUAAUAUACCACAUUUGGGGAGGUGUUUGCAAAUGAAAAGAUCAUAGAAUUAAGGCAAACAGAACUUUUUUUAAAAAAUAUGUUUGGGAUAUUUUUUCUAGAUUUCUUUUUCUCAACAUAACAGGAGGGUUAACUAUAAACAAAGUAAUGGAAUUGCUAUUUUAUCUGAAUUACUUAGUUUUUCCAAAUAUUCCAGAGCAGGAACAUUCCGUCAGAAGUUUUUACGCAGGGUUUUACCUUACUAUUUAACUAAAAUACCGUAUGACCACAUCAGGAACAUUACUUAAGAAAAUUAAUGCUAACAGAGGACAUGAAUUGGCUACAUCUAACGAAAGUACUUACUUAACCCAGGGGGGGAAAAAUUGGGAUUGGACAUGUUUUGGGCCCCUGAUUUCUUUUCACGGUAUUAUACGUUGGUUUGUUGCGCUGCACUAAGAAUGGCAUCAUCACGUGACUGUCCUCCUUCAACCAGCUUUGGCAUGUUGUGUUUCUUCUGGUCUAUGUUUGUUUGAUGGAUUUGUAUACCAUAACCAUCCUUCCAUGUUUUUCCACUGUUUGCGUAUUCUAUAAAUCACACAAAUAAUUUAUUGCUAACAACAACAACAAAAAAUAACACAAAAACAUGCUACUGAUUGUAUGUAUUUUUAAACAAAGUCUAUUUUUUCUGUAAAAAAAAAAAGAGAAAAAAAGAGAAACUGUGUUCAGCACUUUUAUUCUGGGUUUUUGCUUUUGUUUUCUAUAUAUAUUUAUAAUUUAGAUCCAAAUGUAUAUAUUGUAAAAUUUGUGCCUUUUGACUAAUUCUUUUAAAAAACAAAACAACAAAAAAGUGGUUUUCUACUCAUUAAAGGAAGGACUAUAUGAAAUUGCAAUCUUUGUAAACAAAUAAAAACUUGAAGAUUGCUGAAA